GACAUUCAAACUCCAUUCGAACUUCAGCUCAUGCUAAUGAUUGCACAGUUCGCCAGUCACUGAAGCUGUACCCAAGGCUUGGGGGAAGAUUUCACAGCACAUAGGAUCUUCUGCACAGUUCUUCACGCAGUUGAUGGAGGAAAGUGUGCGCAUACACCAAGCCCGUCGCCAGCAACCAGUCGAACUCGGAGCGAAUCUCUUCGAAAACGAAGACAUGAUAACCAUCUUGAAUGCACGGGGCACGGUUCUUCUCAACAUGUGCUUUCACAAUACUCCGCAGCAGCGCAAGGUCAUCAAACUUUCGGAACUGGCCUUGCUCAUAUGGCGCGAGUAUAAACUUCUAUCGACACUAUCUACGCAGUCUACCGAAGACAGCCAGGUGUGCGAUCCUGCCAUCCAACACAUGAUUCCACUUAUCCGCGAUGACAUCCAGAAGCACAUGCUCGACGCCAUCAGCGCCUUCAGCCCGCAGCACAAACGUGAUCAAGAGCGCCAUAUUCAGAUCUUCAAGACUAGUGUCCAAACGUGGAAGAUGAUGCGCACAAAACGAACAAUGGCUGAUUGGAACCAACUACCAACCGACCAGCAAGACUUCCGCGAGGAGAUGGAAUUUCUGAGGAGGGAUUAUGAGAGUAGUCUUGUGGGAUUUGAAGGCAGAGCCUCGGGGCUGUUGUAUGGCAUCGCGAUCUUGACAAAUCCGAGGUUUCACCAUGGCUCGGAAUAUAUCAGCCCACCACUUGUCGAUGGAAGUCUCCACCAGCCAGCAGUUGAUGAGCUCUGGCUUCCGUGGAUGGAGAGAAGAGAGAGCAGCUUCUGGUUUGCUCACAUUCCUACUCGUCGUCGUCGGCUUUCACUUGAGAGAUUGGACGACUGAGACGUUUGGUGGUCACAGUAAUUACUUGCAAGAGCUAUGAGUAGCCUCAGUUUCUUACUAUUCACCGAGUAAAUCAAAGAGUAAUUCAGAUCCCCGAUGACUAGCUCCGAUUGCCACGAGUGUACUG